GAAAUACCCUAAUUCUGUGCUAGGGUUUCAGGCUUUCUCAUGGUAUCAGAGCCUGGUUACGGCUACUGAUCCUUCUUCUUCUACUCCUUUUCAUUUCUGAAACAAUUUCUCUGUUCCUGUAAUGGAUGACCCAACUUCUCCGAAUCCUGGGUCAUCUACCACCACUGCUUCUACCACGACCUAGGCAGCUCGUUAUGAAGAUCCAUAUUCCAAUCCUCUAUACUUAGCUGCCAGCGGCAAUUCCUUCCUUCCCGUCAUCGGCUUCAAGUUGAACGAUGACAACUAUCUUCUCUGGAGCGAGUCAAUGGAGGUUGCCCUGAGGAUCAAGAAGAAAUGGGGUUUCAUCGACGGCUCAGUUCAGGUACCAAAUGAAACAGAUCCUUCUCGUAGUACUUGGGAUAGAUGCAAUGGUACCAUUUUGUGUUGGAUUCGUAAUUCGGUUUCUGAAGAUAUUGUUCCGAGUCUGAGGAACAUCAGAUCUGCUGCUGAUGCUUGGGGUUAUCUGAAAUCCAAGUUUAUUCAAGGCAAUUCUGUUAGAAUUGCUAACCUACAGGAGAGGGUUGAUCUUGCUAAACACGGAAAUAGAACAGUGAGACAAUAUCAAACUGAUUUAAAGCUUUUGUGGGAUGAACAGCAGCAUUAUGAGCCCAUUCCUGUAUGUGAUUGUCCUUCUAAGACUUAUGAAACAGUCAUGAAGUAUCAGGACAGGGGGAGAGUCAUUCAUUUUCUGCUAGGUUUGAAUGAGAAUUACCAGCAGGUCAAGACACAAAUGCUCAUGCUCGACCCUCUACCAGAUAUGGAUACUGUUUAUAGAGCAGUUGUUCAACUUGAGAGGCAAAUGAACACUGGCAAGACCAAGGCAUCAUUUGACUCUGUAGCUCUUGCCGCCUCAUCUGGUCAUUCUGGUCAGAGGAGGGAGACUGGGAGAGAUGGAAAGAAAUCUCAACCUCAAGAGCUCUUUUGCCGGUACUGUAAGAAAGAAAACCAUGUGAUUGAAGACUGCUUCAAUCUAAAGAACAAAAGGAAAAAUGAAGCAGGUGGAAGGAGUUUUGCAGGUUCUAAUGACACCAAUGGAACUGAUGCAGUGCUCCCAGCAGGAGGAGGUAGCUCUCAAAGUCCUACCAGUCCAAGUUCAGACAACAGAAACAAUCAGGAGGGUCAGCCUAUUUGGUUCACAUAUGAGGAGAUACAUAGGCUACGUAGUCUACUCCAGCAGCAGCCUUCCAACACAGUUUCUCAAUUCCCAUAGUCCAACUCAGUUCUAACUCGCUCCAGUGGAUCUCAACACUCCAUUUCAGGUAGCAUGUGUCUCUCCAAUGCUUCUCAGAACACUCUUUCUGCUACAUGGGUGCUUGAUACAGGUGCCAGUGAUCACAUUGUGUGCAAUGUGAAUCUGUUUUUGAGGUGCAAAGAAGUUCAUAGUAUGUUUGUCUAUCUACCAAAUGGUCAGAAAUCGAGAGUAACACAUGUAGGGCUGGUUAAGUUACCUUGUGGGAUCCUUCUUACCAACGUUUUAUUAGUCCCUUCCUUUUCUUACAAUCUCAUUUCUGUCAGCCAGUUAACCAAAAAUACACCUGUCUCACUUAAGUUUGAAUCCGACUUCUGUUGUAUCCAGGACCUAAUAUCACAACAGAAGAUUGGUUCAAUCCGGGUAGAUAGAGGGCUCUACUUACUUGGGAGUGAAGCAGGCAGCUCAACCAACACCUUACCUCAAAUCUGUGGAGUGAAAACCAAUCAGGAUUCUUCUUUGUGACACUUAAGACUUGGCUAUUUAUCUUUGCCUAGAUUACAGACCAUUCACAAGAGUUGUAAUGAUGUUUUUCUUCCUUCUAGUUCUCAUUGUGAGAUAUGCCAGUUAUCCAAACAAAAACGCCUUCCAUUU